ACUAUCACUAUAAGCUGACCUGAGGGUAUAAAAGAGCGUUGGACAGAGGUUACCAGGACAGAAAGUUUAAGGAGACUGCAGGUAUGCUCAGGUUUCUUUUGUUGACCUCUCUUGCAGCCCUGGUUCUGGCUGAACCCCAGCCCAGGUACCUGGAGGAUAAUACUGGUGAGGGAAGAGUUGUGGGAGGAGAGGUGGCCAGACCUAACUCCUGGCCAUGGCAGAUCUCCCUUCAGUACCAAUCUGGAAGCUACUUCUACCACACCUGUGGAGGAACUCUCGUUAGGAGAGGAUGGGUCAUGACUGCUGCUCACUGUGUGGACAGAUCCAUGACUUGGCGUGUCGUUCUUGGAGAUCAUGACAUUAACAACCAUGAGGGAAGGGAGCAGUACUUGAGCGUGAGCCAGGUCUACGUCCACCCUAACUGGAACUCCAACAAUGUGGCUGGAGGUUACGACAUUGCUCUGCUGCGUCUGUCCACUGACGCUGUCCUCAACAACUACGUCCAGCUGGGCGUUCUUCCUCCCUCCGGUCAGGUUCUGGCCCACAACCACCCCUGCUACAUCUCUGGAUGGGGACGCACUCAGACUGGUGGUAACCUGUCUGCUCAGCUGAAGCAAGCCUACCUGCCUGUUGUUGAUUACAACACCUGCUCCAGCAGCGGCUGGUGGGGCAGCACUGUGAAGAGCUCCAUGGUCUGUGCUGGAGGUGGCAGCGACUCUGGUUGUCAGGGUGAUUCUGGUGGCCCCCUGAAUUGCAGUGUCAACGGCCAGUGGGUGAUCCACGGAGUGACCAGCUUUGUGUCUUCCCUUGGCUGCAACACCUACCAGAAACCCACCGUCUUUACCCGUGCUUCUGCUUACAUCAGCUGGAUGAACAGCAUCAUGGGUUAAGAAGAGAAGCAAUAUAUGUGGGAAAAAGGAGAACAUUCUGGAUUCUUUUCUCACUCCAUCAAAAUAAAAGUCAUGAAAAUGGCA